GAAAAGGAACCCCGGUCUAACCCAUGGGUAUAUCUCAUGGCCGACUCACUUCAACUUUCCUUUUCUCUCUCCUGUCUUUCUCUAUCAUCUACGUACGGAGCAGCGUAUUUUCUCUUUCAUCAAUCAAGAAAUCAUACGUAUCAUUUGCUUCGCCGCCGUGCAGUUGUGCCAUACUCCGCCGUCCGCCGAUGAUAUCCGAUGGGCAUGGAAUUGGUUUGGAGGAAUUGAAGAAUUGGUAUUGCAUUUCAGAGUUCGACUAGGCGGGAGAUAUAUAUAGAGUCUAGGGUUUUCUUAUCCCGGAGCUGCGAUUGUUCAUACAGGGAUUUGAGUAGAAUUGGGCUACUUGGUUCUAUUGAGAAUAUAGGUGUUGGUUGGUAUUUGGUAAUUGAUAGGAGUGGGUUAGGGGAUAAUGUGUAUACUGUGCGUUAUUCAGAAGUGGUCUCGCAGGGUUGCUACCAUGUUGCCGUGGUUAGUGCUCCCCCUUAUUGGGCUAUGGGCACUGUCACAGGCAUUGCCCCCGGCUUUUCGGUUUGAAAUCACAUCUCCCAGGCUGGCUUGUGUGUUUGUACUCUUGGUGACUCUUUUCUGGUACGAGGUUUUGAUGCCUAGAUUGUCAUCUUGGCGGGCAAGGAGGAAUGCUAUGCUUAGAGAGAGAAAGAGGUUUGAAGCGAUUGAAAUGCAGAAGUUGAGGAAAACGGCCACUAGAAGAUGUAGAAAUUGUUUGACUCCAUACAAAGAGCAGAAUCCUGGUGCUGGCAAAUUCAUGUGCUCAUAUUGCGGGCAUGUUUCUAAGAGACCAGUCUUGGAGUUACCUUGUGGUACAGGUUUGGGCUUGUCAAAUUCUGGAAUUUUGAAGGGCUUGGUCGGGAAAAGUGGGAAGAUUUUGAAUGGUAAGGUUUGGUCUGAUAGUAGGUGGGCUUAUGGACAGGAUUGGGUUGAUAACAAAAGUUGGGUCAGUGCAUCUUUUGCUCGAAAGUCAAACUACUGGCUCAAGAAUGGUGGUGGGGUUUUUGAGAGUGAUCAUUGUUUAGCUAAGAAAUCUUACUUUUGGGUGUUUGUGUUUGCUUGCAAAGUAUUUACAGCUGUUUACACGAUUAUCAUGUGGCUUUAUAGAAAGAUUUUUAGGAUUAGUUCUUCUAGAGAUGAUGCUUCCGUCGAUGCUGAGCAUAGUGGAAUAUUGGAUAAAACAUGUGAAAAUGGAGGAAACUGUCAAGAGAGUAGAGGUGAGAAAGCUCGAAGAAAAGCUGAAGAGAAGAGACAGGCUAGGUUAGAAAAAGAACUUAUGGAGGAAGAAGAAAGAAAACAAAGGGAGGAAGUAGCUAGGUUGGUUGAAGAACGCAGGAGAUUGCGAGAUGAAAAGAAGGAGGCUGAAAAAGAGCGUGGGAAAGGGUCUUCACCUAAGGAAAGAGAUAGUAAAAAGGAAUCAAGAAAAAGACAUCUCGAGAAGAAGAAAGAAAGAGACCUGGGAUCAAGCAAAAGCAACUCAGAUGCAGAAGAACUAGAAAAACGUGUAGGCAAGGAAAGCGAGCGAAGCAAACGAAACGAGAAUGAUCGGCGGGAGCAUAGAACUGGAUCUGAAUGUUCAAAAGCUCCUAACACUGAAGUUGGGCAUGCUUUUAAGGGUGCUAAUGUAAACAAUCAUAACCGCGGAAAUACUGGAGCACGGUACUUUGACCGUAUGCGGGGUACCUUUUUGUCAUCUUCUAAAGCAUUUACUGCAGGUGGGUUCUUUGGAAAGAGCUCUAAUCCAUCUACUGUUAAAGAACACAAAUCUUGCACAACUGUAGAUCAUGUUCAAACAUAUGCCCAAAGGAGGGAACUACCUCAGCCAGAUCGCUUGUCUGUCAAAACUAAUAUGAAUGGAGAUGAUAAGAGCAUCAAUCAUCCUGUACUCAUUGAAUCUCCAGUUUGUACAGCUCCCAAAAAGUCAUGGCAACAAUUGUUUACCCGUUCACCUGUUUCUCCACCCUCUAAUUCAAAUGUCAUAAGGAGACCAAAUGUAAAAUCCCAAGUAGAAAUUCACAGUCCUCCGUGUACUAGUCACUCUCCACCUGUGCAAGAAUUUGACAAUCCUAUAAAUUUUGGACUCCCUUCCCCAUUUAAUUUAUCUUCUCUCACUUUUGGACCUACAACUAGCAAUACAUCUCUUCCAGUUUCAUCUGAAACUAUGUUUUCUCGUAUUGGAGAACCUUCAUCUCCAUUACUGCCUGAGGAAUCAGAGAAUUACGAGGAUCCAUGCUAUGAAACUGAUCCAGUAGCUUUGCUUGGUCCGGUUUCUGAAUCUCUUGAUAACUUUCACCUAGACCUAGGCUUCAUAACAGAUGCAGAGUUGGAAAAACUUCCUGUUAGUAGUACUUUUUUCUCAUCUUCUGAAGGGACUAAGCCAUCACCAAUUGAGUCUCCAAUAUCCCGGUGUCGGGUUCAUGAUGAAAGGAAUACAAGCUCUCUUCUUUUCCCAACUACCCCCAAGGCUCAGGAUUUGCCUAAAGAGCAAAAGGAUGCUUUGUGUGAGGAAAAUGAUGAAGGAGGAUGGCAAAUGUGGAAGAGCCCUGCUCUUGGUCAGGGUAGUCUAGGUUUAAUUGGUGGACAAUCCUCAUGGGUUUUGAACCAGGAACUGAACCUUUUGAACAGAGAGGAAAUUUUACAUCCUGCACCCCAAAAGACUAUGGCAUCGCUUUUUAAAAAUGAUGAUCAGCUCCGUCCUGGUAUUCAUCCUUCGCAGACAGGUUACACUGGAAGUGGCCAGAGUAAUGGCACAUUUGUUACAUCUAUGCACGGGAAUGCUGAUAGCAGGUUUUUGAAUCCUAUAAUUGGGACAGUUUCUGGAGCUGAAUAUCAGUACUGUCUUAAUCCUAAAGGGGAAAGCAUACCAAAUGAAAUGAUAUAUGCAAGUCCUGGUGCAGUUGCUACUAACCAUCAAUUUGAGUUGCCUUCAGUUAAUUCGUGGGCCAAAAAGGAUUGGACAGUGCAAGCUAGGGGUAGAGGGGUUGGAACGUCUCCAGUUUCAAAUGUUGGUGCUCUGUAUUCCCCUCCAUCAAUGGCACAUUCUCUUUGGGCAUAUAAGUGAGAGAACAGAAGAGGCUCUUUUAAUUUUUCACAUUUACAAAAAAGAAUGACAGGUUGUUCUGGUGGGUUUGGGGGGGGGGGGGGGAUACUGGUAUGUGAGUAUACAUCCCCACUGUUGAGAGGAAAACAGCCUCUUUUGAAGAAGAGGUUAGAAUACUGAAGCAAUGUAUCUUCCUUCUUUUCCUAACAAGGAAGAUUUACUUUAGCUUUAGCAGCUUGCUUCUGACGAGCAAAUCAGUUGGUAUAAGAAGGUAUCGUUCGUUUAAACUACAUUCACAAUUUAUUUUCUCCUCCUCUCUAAAUGCUUUCCAUCCCGGGCGCAUGUGGAAUUCAAUGCUGUUGUUCGCCAUCCCGGUUAACCCUAAAUCAUGUGUUCACAUUUCUCCUCCGCUUCCCUCUCAAAUUUACGCCAUCAUAUCAAUUUUUUUAUAUUCACAUGUGCAAGAAAUAGGUGUGCCUUUG